AUGAGUUCCAAUUUACUCUUUGUUCCAUAUCGCAAAACCAAGAGAAUUGAGUUUAGUAAGGAGCUGAGAGAUAUCAUCUCAAAGGAGUACUACCAAACUGCUACUGUUUUUGAAGCUGAUUUACAAGAAAUUGAUACCCUUAGAAAUGAUACUAUAGAUCUAGAGGUUUCGCCACAAGAUUUGGCACUUUUGAAAAGAUACUAUAUCCAUUUAUCAACACUAGAAUCAAAAUUUCCAAGAGAUGUGGUGGAGUUCCCGUGGUAUGGUACCCUAGGUUAUAAUGUUACAGGACCAGUCAAAAUUAGAUCAUUUACAUUUGAGCGUAUCAAUGUUUUAUACAACGUGGCAUCACUCUAUACCCAGAUGGCUGUUAAUCAAGAUAGAUCUAGUGACGAAGGCUUGAAAAAAGCUUGCUUAUAUUUCCAGUAUGCAGCCACUUUUUUUGGCUACAUCAACAAAGUUGCUGAACAAGAUGAGCAUCUUACACUACCUUUGGAUUUGCAAAAAGGUACUAUUGAAACUCUCCAGCUACUUUCAUUUGCCCAAGCUCAAGAAGUUUUUUGGUUGAAGGCGACUAGAGAUAAAGUGAAAGAUUCAUUAGUGUCAAGAUUAGCUGUUCAAGUCUCGGAUUACUAUACUAGAACAUUAACUAAUGCAAAUAGAAGUGAAGGCUUCAGAACAGAAUGGAUUCAUCAUAUCACUGUUAAAAAACAUCAUUUCCAAGCAGCAGCUGAAUUUAGAGCUUCAUUAGUUUCUGUUUCAAAUUCAAAAUAUGGUGAAGAAGUCGCUAGGUUAUACAAAGCCAAAAGUGCUCUCGGUUUAGCAAAUUCAAGUAUUAGAUUUGCAAGUGAAGCUCUCAAACAAGAUUUACAAGGCUUAAAUGAUGUUGUCACAGAUACAUUAAGAAGGGCCGAAAAAGAUAAUGAUUUGAUUUAUUUACAAGACGUCCCCAAAACACUACCAGACAUCGUUAAAGCUUCAGUUGUUAAAGAGAUGGAGAUUUCAGAUUUCACCAAGCCAAAUGAAUCUCUCAAAACUGGUAACUAUGGUAAACAACUUUUCAAAGACUUACUGCCAUUCUAUGUUAUUCAAACUGCACAAGCAUUUCGUGAAAGACAAGAUGAGUAUGUGCAAAGACAUAUCAUUGGUCCAGUGAAAGCCUUAACCAACAUCAUGAACAAAUAUAUUGUGGAAAGGGGUCUUCCUGGGUCAAUUGACGCAUUCGAUAAACCUCAAGCUUUGCCAUCUUCUUUACUAGAUCAUAAUUCUGAAAUCAAAUCACAAGGUGGUGUUAGACUGGUUGAAGAAACCAUCGAUGACACUCAAAGAUUAUCACUAGAAGGUGAGCGUUUAUUGGAAGGUGCUAAAGAUAGACUCAAAGUUGAAGCUGGAGAAGAUGAGUUGUUGCGUACAAGACAAGGGUCUAAACAUUGGACGAGACCUACCUCUGAAGAAGCUGCUGCUCAUUUAACCAAAAGGAUCCAAGAUUUGCAAAACUAUUUAAGACAAGCCAAGAAGGGUGAUGAAACAAUAAGGAAUCAAUAUUAUAACAUUGAAACUCCAUUGAAGAUCUUGGCCUCUUCUGAAGAAAAAAUUAUGGAAUUUGUCCCUAAUUCAAAGUCCCAACAGCUAGAUCCUUCAUUAAGAAAAUCAAUUCUAAGCAUAAGGGAGGUAUUGAAUAGAGCACAUAAGCUUGAGGUUGAGAGAAAUAAUUUUAUUGAAACUGUUGAAGUGAAAUCAUUGCAGUACAACAUUUUGCCUAAAAUUGUUUCAGAGUAUAAAUCUAUCCAAUCCAAUUUCAAUGACUUGAAAGUUGACUCCAAUACAUUUGAGCCUGUUUUCCAAAAGCACAUUCAAAAUUUCAGCAAAGAUAUUGAUUGGAUUGAAAAACAGAAGACCGAACAAAGAGAAGUUGAAGACAAAAUUGAUGAAUUGAAUAAGCAAUUUAUGCGUCUUAAAACAUCUCAAGGAGUCAGCUCAUCAAGAGAGGAAGCCCUGAAAACACUUGAUCUGGUUUACACUGAAUUUAAAGAAUUGAAAUUGAAUCUUUCUCAAGGUUUACAGUUUUACAAUGAUUUCAAUGCCAACUGCAAAAAGCUAAUCGAUGAUUGUGACAAUUUUGUCUAUGAACGCAGACUAGAAGCUAGAGAUUUGGAAUCGUAA